AUGAUUGAUACUGUCAUAUCGGCCGAAAUUCCAGAUCAAACCAUCGACCCAGGAUUAUUCGAAGUUGUCACGAAAAAUUUGAUUCACGGUCCCUGUGGUGAUAUUAAUCGAAAUUCUCCCUGUAUGAUUGAUGGUAAAUGUUCGAAACGUUUUCCAAAACAAAUGAUUGCUGAAACAAUUACAGGAGAUGAUGGAUAUCCACAGUAUCGUCGACGAUCAACUGAAGACAACGGUAAAUCAACUGUAAUUAAACUUCAAAAUCAAGACGUUGAAAUCGAUAACCGGUGGAUAGUUCCGUACUCACCGAUACUGUCAAAAAUGUUCAACGCUCACAUAAAUGUAGAAUAUUGCAAUUCUGUAAAAUCAAUCAAAUAUAUUUGCAAUUAUGUGAAUAAGGGCAGCGAAAUGGCUGUUUUUGGAGUGGCUCCUGAAAAUAGUCAUGAUGAAAUUUUGCAGUAUCAAAUGGGGCGCUAUAUUAGUACGAAUGAAGCUGUAUGGCGUAUUUUAUCGUUUCCAAUUCAUGACAGAUAUCCGGUUGAUGUACAUUUGACAGUUCAUCUUGAAAACGGCCAACGUGUUUACUUCACUGCUGCAAAUGCCGCACAAAGAGCAGUAGAGCCACGAGCAACUACACUGACAGCUUUUUUCCAGUUAUGUGAAACGGAUGAGUUUGCCAGGACUUUGCUAUAUUCGGAAGUGCCACACUAUUUCACAUGGAAUGCAUCAACAAAAAAAUUUCAACGUCGCAAACAAGGCACAUCUGUUGAUGGUUAUCCAGGUAUUUUUCGAACAGAUGCUUUAGGACGCAUUUAUACAGUUAGUCCAGCUAAUAUUGAUUGUUUUUACUUGCGACUUUUUAUCAAUGGUCAAAUGUGCGCCACAUACCGUGAAGCAUGUCAACAAUUGCAUUUGCUGGAAGAUGAUACGCAUUGGGAUGCUACGCUUCGUGAUGCAUCAAUUUCAUCUCCACCAAAUCCAAUUCGUAUGCUAUUUGCGAUCAUAAUAUCAACAUGUUUUCCAUCAAAUCCACUGGAAUUGUGGAAUAAAUACAAAGAUUUCAUGGCUGAAGACAUUUUGAUUCGACUUCAACAUCGUUACAAUGAUCCUGCAUUGCUGCUGACAUUGGAAAUGUAUAAUGAAGCCUUGAUAAUGAUCGAAGAUUUGUGCCUUACUAUUGCAAAUAAAGCAUUAGGGCAAUUAGGAUUGACUCAACCAAAUCGUCCAAUGCAUGAUUUAUUUGAACGAGAAUUGCAACGCGAACAGCAAUUCGAUCAUGAUGAAUUGCAUGCAUAUGACAAAGUGAUGCAAGCUGUCAAUGACAACACUGGUGGAUUGUAUUUUUUGGAUGCACCUGGCGGCACUGGAAAAACAUUUUUGAUAUCAUUGAUAUUGGCAACGAUUCGGUCGGAACGAAAAAUCGCAUUGGCACUUGCUUCUUCCGGUAUUGCAGCUACAUUACUUGAUGGCGGCCACACAGCACAUUCCGCCUUGAAAUUGCCAUUGAACAUGCAAGCAAUUGAAACACCAACAUGCAAUAUUUCAAGGAGUUCUGGAAUGGCUAAAGUCUCGCAACAAGCUUCGAUUAUUUUAUGGGACGAAUGUCCAAUGGCCCAUAAAAAAUCUUUGGAAGCCUUAAUUCGAACAUUGCAAGAUUUGAGACAGAGUCAACAGCUGUUUGGCGGUGCAUUAAUAUUGUUAUCUGGUGAUUUUCGUCAAACGUUGCCUGUUAUUCCGAGAUCAACACCAGCUGAUGAAAUUAAUGCAUGUUUGAAAAGUUCAUUUUUGUGGGCACACGUACAAAGGCUUUCGUUGACGACCAACAUGCGUGUGCGUCUUCAAAAUGAUUCAUCAGCACGUGAGUUUUCAAUGCAAUUGCUGAAGAUUGGCGAUGGAAAAAUUGCAAGUGAUCAAAAUGGGUUUAUCAUGUUACCGAAUAAUUUUUGCAUAAUUGUAACAUCAAAACAAGAACUCAUUGAUCGCGUUUUCCCAAAUAUUGUUCAAAAUUAUAAUAACCAUUAUUGGUUACGAGAACGUGCAAUUUUAGCACCAAAAAAUAUCAAUGUCAAUGAAAUCAAUUUCCACAUCCAGGAAAACUUACCAGGUGAUUCGGUAACAUAUAAAUCCAUUGAUACUGCUAUGAAUAAUGAAGACGCAGUCAAUUAUCCGGUCGAAUUUUUAAAUUCUUUGGAACCACCAGGCAUGUCACCGCAUAAUUUGAAUUUGAAAGUUGGUUCAUCGAUUAUACUUCUCCGAAAUCUUAAUACACCGAAACUUUGUAAGGGGGCGAGACUUUCAGUGAAGAAAUUGAUGCCUAAUUUAAUUCAAGCGACAAUUCUCACUGGCAAAGCAAAAGGUGAAAUUGUACCAAUACCACGCAUCCCAUUAAUACCAACGGACAUGCCAUUCGAAUUUAAACGUCUUCAAUUUCCUGUUCGGCUAUCUUUUGCUAUGACCGUAAACAAAGCCCAAGGGCAAACGCUCCAGAUUUAUUGUGGCGGUACAUUUGUCUGCGCUGUCAUUGUGCCAAUGCUGGCAAUUUUAGAAAAUCAUGAGCCUACUUCUCAAAUGAAUUUCGAUUUUGGUGUCUGUGCACGCACAUUGGCGACGCCACACACGCCACCACUGCGCAUACGUUCACGCCUCACAACUAUUGUGUGUUACAUACUUGGGUAUUUAUCGCCACUUUCUUUGGCUUUUUUUCACGCGCAAAUGCUAAUUGAAUUGAAGUCAAAUGAAAAUUACCUGAAAUGGUAA